GAUAAAAAAAAAUAAAAAAUAAAAAAAUAAUUAAGUAGCUUGAUUUGAGAUUAAAAAAAAAAAGAUUUUAAAUUGAACUCCUUGACAAAGGUUGAAAAAUCGUGCAUGGCACGGGAUCUAACCUAGUUAAACUUAAUUUUUGUCUUGAUAUUAUAAAGUUACCCAUUAUUAAAUAUAAAUAUAGACGAUUAUAUCCUUAAUUCAUCCGAUUUUGUUUAUGACCUUUUUAUGAAAAAAAUGAAAUUUUGGCUUCCCACUCAUGAGCAUUAGAAAAAAUGUCCAUGAGGAAAUCCUCAAAUGCCCAUGGCAAUGGCAAAAAUUCAUUGCCACAGUAGUGUGGGCCAUGAUACCAAAUCCCCAAAAAAAAAUAAAAAAUAAUGUAAUGAUAGUAAUAUUUUAGGAGAGAGAGUGGUGUGGGUUUUUUUCUUAGUCCAUGAAUGUGUGAGAAGUUUUAGAAAAAAAAUGCCCAUGAAAAAAAAGUGGAAAAGAGGAGUGAGAAAGUGGGUAAAGAGAUAAUGUCAUUUUUUUAUUUACCCAUGAAUGAGAGUGGUCUUAUAAACGUGUAGAUUUUGAGAGUGAAGAUACCUCAAGUGGUUAGACUAUUAAAGUUUUCCUCCCAAUUUCAAGUUAUCCUAAAAUCGAUUUUCACCCGCCGGUUUUUCUCCUUUUGAAUAGACUGGGCUGCUACAAUUCUAGCCCUCUCUCACCAGCAACUCUGUUGGUUCACUGCAACCACCAGCAGCUACAUAUCACCACUAUCUCCCACCCACCUUUCUCAGCGAUCGUGAAUUCACUGCUAAUUUCAUCAGCGAAUUCAUGGCUAGCAAGAAAACAGCGCCACCAUUGCCUUCUUCUACCAUUUUUGUUUUCCCCAGAUUUUCAAAGAAGAGAAAAACUUGAUCAAAUUUGUUUAUAAUGGGGAUCAAUAUUACAAACUAGUCAUAGAAUUGCUUUGGUCAAUUUACCUAUUUAAGCAAAUCGUCAGGGUAAGUUGGAGUGGUUUUGAAUGCACUUUGCACACCAACUGUUCGACGUAAUGCCUCAAAGAACAUUUUCAAAUAUGAUUCGCUUAAAUGGGGUUUUUGUGCACAAUUUUGCUGCAUUGAAUUCAAACCCAUGUCAAAAUUUGAGUCAUAUGUUGGUACAAACCAGGCAUAAAACUAGUGGAGGAAGCAAACCCAAGAAGAAAAUCUAUUACAGGGUUCAUGAACUCGACAAAGUCAUGGACCUUCAGAAGAAGCCUGCUGUAAUCCUGCAGCUUAAAGACACCAUUCAAUCCCAGAAAACCAAAUGUAUCUUUCUUAGGGACCUUGAAAAGGAAGUGGGUUUUGUGCAGAAAUGGAAUUGUAUGGCUGCCAUUGAAAAGUACCCUACAAUCUUUCAUGUUAGUGGUGGUGACCGUGCUCCUGUUGCAGUUCGGCUUACUGACAAAGCACAACGAGUUGCAGCAGAAGAAGAUGAAGCGCGAAUGCUUAUGGAGCCUAUUCUGGUUAAGAACUUGAGAAAGUUGUUAAUGUUGACGAUUGAUUGUAAGGUGCCAAUGGAAAAGAUUGAGCUGAUUGAAAAUGAAUUGGGUUUGCCAAUGGAUUACAAGAAAUCAUUGAUUCCUAAGUAUCCUGAGUUCUUUUCAGUGAAAGAUAUUAAUGGAAAGGCUUACUUGCACUUGGAAAAUUGGGAUUCUUCACUAGGAGUAACUGCUCGAGAGGAGAAUUUGGUUCCAGAAGGAGAAUUAAAGGACGGAGGGAGAGGAAAGAAAGUUAGGAUUUCAAAGGAUGGCAAUUAUCCUGGUCCUUGUGCAUUUCGUAUAUGCUAUCCUGCUGGGUUUCGGCCAAAUACAGGUUUCCUUGAAGAACUCGAAAGAUGGCAGAAAACAGAAUUUCCUUCUCCAUACUUGAAUGCAAGAAGGUUUGAUCAGGCGGAUCCUAAGGCUCGGAAAAGGAUUGUGGCAGUGCUCCAUGAGCUUCUAAGCUUGACCAUUGAGAAGAGGAUGACAUCUUUUCAAAUGAGUGCCUUUCAGUCCGAGUUGCUCUUACCUGCUAGGCUAAUACUUUGUUUAAUUAAGCAUCAUGGUAUCUUCUAUAUCACCAAUAAGGGUGUACGAAGUACUGUUUUCCUCAAGGAGGCAUAUGAUGGCUCGAAUUUGAUCAAAACAUGUCCUAUAUUGAGAUUUAAAGCCAAAUUUGUAGGACUUAGCGGUAGGAAGGAUUCAAGUUUCGCUGAUAGAAUGAAUAAUUAAUAUUGAGACUUUUGUUGAACAUGCGAAGUCUGUCUGUCUCGGUUCUCUUUUAUAUGCUUAUGGUUCAUAAUGAAAUCGUCUUUCUGCAUU